AUGCAGAAAAGGCCAAAGACGCCAGGUCCGUGUUCGCACAGGCGUGUUGUGAGUGACAGCCCCGCGCGCACACGCGCACGGAGCAACCGCGACAUCAAAAACAAAGGCCGCGUCACGUGCAAACAGGACCGUGUCUUACCAUUCCACUGCGGGCCGAGCCGGACGCGCGCCCCCGGGACCUCAUCCUGGUCUGGGACUGGGUCUAAAUCCAGUUUUGUGAGAGCGGAUGGGGACAGUCCAGUCGGCGCUACUGCUAGGCCUGAUCCGGUGGAGUCUCCCCCGCCUCCCCUCACUGCUCACCCCCUCCCCUCUCUCCCUCACCCCCCUCCCCGCUCUCCCUCCUGUGGGAGAGACAUGAGCUAA